AUGGUUUCUGAGUAUGAAAAAGUACAGAAUAUGAAAAUGGCUGAUAUAGUACUGCGAGGAUAUUCUGGAUGGAACUCAAGACUUGCUCUUCAAGUUUUGGAUCAGGUUUUUCCAAAGGAUGCAGCUGUUCAGCCUUCGCUGGUUAUAGUAUAUUUUGGGGGCAAUGAUGCAAUGAAACCUCACCCAAGUGGCCUUGGUGCUCAUGUUCCUCUUCCUGAAUAUGUUGAAAACAUGAAAAAGAUUGCUGUUCAUCUCAAGAAUCUUUCAGAGAAGACACGGCUGAUCUUUCUUACUUGUCCUCCUGUAAAUGAGGCAAAAAUUCGUGAAUGUUUUGGUAAUGCAUUGGACGAUCAAGAACGGACAAAUGAGUUAUGUGGAAUUUAUGCUGAAGCUUUAGUAGAGAUGUGUAGAGUAUUGGAUGUUAAAGUCAUCAAUCUUUGGACUGCGUUUCAGCAAAGAGAUGAUUGGGAAGCAGCUUGCUUUCUCGACGGAAUCCAUUUGUCGAGUGAAGGGUCGAAAAUUGUAGCAAAGGAGAUACUGAAGGCCCUCAAAGAUGCUGACUGGGAACCAAGUCUCUACUGGAUGUCAAUGCCAGCUGAAUUUUCAGAGGAUUCACCAUAUUAUACUGUUGGUCCUGAUGGCAAAACCACCGUAAAUAUUUCUGGUGUUCUUAGCCGUUCACAUAAUGAGUGGGUUAAUAUUUAGUGCCCAUACUAGAAAAAGAGUUUAUUCUCAGAAUUGACUUGUCAAAUUCAUGCUAUUUUUAUUGCCCAGAUUGUAUUUCGUACAAGAUUAUUUGGACUCUCAAAUUCCCAUAGUUUGUUGCUAGUAAAUAUGAGAUGCCAUAUUUUCCUUUUUGGUUGAAAGGGGACGAAA